GGUCACAGAGCCUCUGGGCGCGGGGCGAUGACGUCACACUAGCCGGGCCUCGGUGGCCGGAGCCUGGGCCCUGGCCGCCGACCGCGAGCAGGGUCGGGCUGGGACGGCGCUACCAUGACCAUAUGCCAGUUUUUCCUUCAAGGCCGGUGCCGCUUCGGAGACCGCUGCUGGAACGAGCAUCCCGGCGCCCGGGGUGCGGGCGGGGCCCGGCAGCCGCCACCGCAGCAGCAGCCACCCUCAGGGAGUAACCGUAGAGGGUGGAAUGCCAGCAGCCAGAGGUACUCCAAUGUCAUCCAGCCAUCCAGCUUCCCCAAGUCCACUCCAUGGGGUGGCAGCAGAGAUGAGGACAAACCACCAUUCGGUUCUUUUGAUUCUGGACCUUCCACCAGCAGAGGCUUUGGGUCAUCUCAAAACCCUUUUGCUUCACCUCUCUCUGAGGAACAGAAAGAUGAAAAGAAACUUCUGGAAGGAAUUGUUAAGGACGUAGAGGUUUGGGAGUCGUCGGGGCAGUGGAUGUUUUCUGUCUACUCUCCAGUGAGAGAUAAACCCAACAUUUCAGGUUUCACAGACAUUUCUCCAGAGGAGUUGAGGCUUGAAUACCAUAACUUCUUAACCAGCAAUAACUUACAGAGCUAUCUAAACUCUGUUCAACAGCUAGUAAGUCAAUGGAGGAAUAGGAUAAAUGAACUGAAAAAUCUAACUAUGUCGACCAAAGGAGCUCUGCUCUCUGAUGUAAAGGAUGGGAUCAAUCAAACAGCACCUGCGUUUGGAUUUGGAAGUAAGCAAGCAGGGUCGUUUGGGUCGCCAGGUUUCCCAGUGAAUAACAGCAACAGCAGUACUGUUCAGAACUUUAGUUUUAAAACAAGCCCAGGACUUGCCACUGCCCCUUCUGGAAGCACGUCGGUGUUUGGAAGUCACCCAGCCUUUGGGGCUGGGCCCUCUGCUGGCUCCUCCAUCUCUUCCUCCACUCCAGCCUUUGGACUUGGGAAACCUGAAGCCACACCUGCUGCAUCAUUUUCGUUCAAGAGCCCUGAAGCUUCCAGUUUUGCAUCACCUGGGUUUUCAGGAUUUCCAGCCUCCAUGGCAGUAAGUCCCUUUGUCUCUGCAACAGCCCCUGCUUUCGGAAGUGGCGGCUCUGUGGCUGGCUUUGGCAGUCCUAGCCCACAUUCUCAGGCUGUAUUUGCUAAACCUUCCACUGACGUGUUUGGAGGUAGCGGCACAUCUACCUCUGUCCUAGCCUCCGGUGCCACUGAUAAUGCACUGUUCACGCCCAGGGAUCAGCUGACGAAGGAAGAACUGGAGCAGUUUCAAUCCCAGAGAUUUACCCUGGGAAAAAUUCCACUGAAGCCACCACCUGUCGAGCUUCUGACUGUAUAAAGGUCAGGUUUAAAUACAGAAAGAAUGCCUUAGCCGGGCAUGUCCUGCAUGCCUACAGUCUGGGAAGCUGAGCAGCAGAACACCACAAAAUCAGGCCAGUGUGGACAGCACAGAGUGAACAAGAGACCUCCAAGCAAAAGCUCUGAAUGGCUUUGAAAGCAUUGUUUUUUUUUUUUUAUACACCACUGCGGAUCACACUGGGCUCACCCAGGCCAGGCAGAUUCUACCUGACCCAUACUCCAUCACUAACUGUGGCUUCUGAGAUUGGCUUGAAUGAAUUUAUAUAUACAUAUAGCUUUCAGUAAUUUGAGGGAUUUUAAAGUUUAACUUUUCUAAACACCCAACUAAAUAAAGAAUAGCCAAAAAAGUCAAUAAGCAAGGGACUCUUUUGUGCUGUAAUUACGAGUGGAACUAAACAGUACAGUGUACUGAAUAAAGUAAUUUUCUCAUUCUACUCCAGUUCACUCUCUGUCCCUUUAAAUAGGGAUGUGAACAGUGGUUUCUGGAGAUCAAACCCAGGUACAGUGGCUCCUGCGUGACAGGAGCUACAUCCCCCGACUCUGACUUGUGCCUGCAUGUGUGUCUGUGCACCGCGUACAGGCCUGGUGCUUUUAGAGGUCAGAUUCCCUGGAGCUGAGGUUACAGAUUGUUGUGAGGCACCAUAUAAAGGUGCUAGGAAUUGAACUCUAGUCCUCUGAAGCAGCAGUCCUCCUAACCUCUGAGCCAUCUACCUCUCCAGUCCCAAGCCCUGACCUUUUACAUGGGGGGCCGCUGAGUGGGUGGAGCGGUUGCCGCAAAGAUAUGCAAAUGUGAGGACCUGAACUGAUGCCCAGUGCUUAAACACUGGAGUGCAUGAAUCUGUCUCCCCAGCACUCAAGAGGCAGAGACAGGUAGAUGCCCAGAACUCGCUGACCAGCCAUUUCCAGAAACCCUGUCAAAAGGAUGGAGAAAUGAUAGGGGAAAGACACCCAACACCAACUUUUGGCCACCACACAUACCUGUGCCCAAACACACAUGCAUAUAGUAGACCAAAAAACAGAAACAAAUGGCUUACCUAUUGAAAGAUGGGCACUCCAGAUGUUCAUGAACAAUGCAAAGCAUUCAGUCCCCCAGGAUCCAUAUUGUGAUGCAUUUAAAUAGUGUGAUUCCCAUCUAACAUCAGAGGCAUGUCUCUCUAUGGAGUCCAACAAAUGCACUCAACUACACAGUGUAAGGCGGACCAAUGUGUGCAUAUCAUUAACAAAGAAUCUUCCAUCACGUGUCCUUUCACGUGCUUGCUUUAGCAGAGCAUCCUCCUGUGUCUGCUUCAGCGAAGCCUUCCUUCAUGAGUUCGCCUUAGUCUUUCACCUGUGUCCACUUCAGGAAAGAACUCCUUCACGUGUUUGCCCCAGCAAAACACCAGCCAGCACAACCAACUUUCCAAAGAACCCUUAGGUUUCCAUUUCA